AUGUCCGCGUUGACAUCAAUUCAGUUCACACCAAUCCUACUGAAAGGCGUCUCAGCCGUUUUCCUAUACCAAGGCGGUGACCAUGUCGUCCAAGGCGUCAAGAAAUACCUCUCACCAGAUGAUCGAGCCAAGCUUCCUUCAGACAUCAUCACUCUUAUGGAUUCACAAUACCGCUUCUUAGGAGGAAUGUAUAUGGGUCUUGGUGCAAUUGUUGGCUGGAUAACCUUUGAUAUUUCUGAAAGACAUGUCCCGUUGGCUGUCAUUAUGGGAACAAUAGUGCUGGCUGGCAUUGCAAGGGCUGUGUCAGGUGCGGUAUUCGGCUGGGCUUUUCCAUGGCUGCGAAGAGCUACUAUCGCUGAAAUUGUUGUACCACCUUUGAUAUAUUGGUUUGGUAUUCGAAAGUAUAUUUAA